AAUGAAUAAAAUCCAAUAUAAUAAUUCACUUUUAAAUAAAUUAAAUUUUAUAAAUUCGACGGAUGGUCCAUUCUUUUGUAUUGAAGUUUCCCCUCCAAAAGAAAUUAAUAAAAUUAAUAAUUUUAUUAAUUCAUUAAAUAAAUUAAUUAAUAACACAGCGACAAAUAAUUCUUUUUUAUUUUUAAGUAUUGUUGCACAUGCUGAAAAUAAUCCAAGUAAAAAAUAA